AUGCCGGAUCCGCCCGGCGCCGAUGCGCCCCCGCCCGAGGACCUAUUGGGUGGUAAUGGCGCGAGUGAUUCAUCACUCAACACGCAAACGCGUGAAGCGGUCACUGGAGGAACCGCGAAUCCUCCAGCUUGGUCGCCCGAGGCAACUCAGGUCCGGUUGGACCAUGAGAAGCUGAUGAAGAAGACCUUCCAAGUGCUCGGAUUGUUCCCUCCAGCAAGUCGACCCGCCGACUGAUGGUCCUGAUGCACGACGCCUCGACCCCGCCUUCGCAGCGCCAGCGCUCGCACGAGCCGCCCAAAGAGCGGUGCGAAACGACGCAGCCCCGGCCUCCAAUGUGAUUCGAGUCAUUAUGGAUGGUCCUGGAUCACCCAGAGGUCCUGUACAGACCGCGCUGCGCAAGCACUUUGGAUUGGCCGAGACGCCGUUCAUGUUCGCGCGGCCCGAGGGCGUCGUGCUUGACCCCGAGGUCGAGAAGCUUUUCUCGAAAUGCGUGAAGCUGAACCCGAUUGUGACGAAAGCCACGAAGAGGUUCCCGAUCGCUCGUCACAUGUACGAGCUUGUAUUCGAAUCCGAGCAAGCUUGUCUUGAAGCCGCUUCAGUGGGCCCAUUCCCCUACCACGGCAAGGAGAUGGUUACCGAGCUCCCCAGCGCCUCUCCCUUAACCACGUCGUGCAGGUGCGAUUCACCUUGCCCUCCUCCUCCAGCGCGAUCCCCGCUUCCGUGCUCCGAAAAUCUCUCGAUGAUGCUAUCACCCUUUCGUUCGGCCGCGCAGGUCGCACGCAAGGUUAUACCCUGAUGCAAUUACAGCGGGGCCUCGCGGUCGAUCCGAAUGGCGAUCCGAUGGCCAUGACCGAAGACGGGUUCCACUGCGCGUACCUUCGCUUACAUGCUGAUCUUUUCCAAGGCUCCAUCGAGACGCAGAAGGGUGCGCUCAACGCCGCUUUGCCACAAGAGAUCGAGAUCCUGGGCGCCAAGUACGGCUUGCGACACGAAUUCGAGACGCACUACUGCGCGGUGUGCGAUCGCGCCGGACACCAGUGGGGCGCUUGCAGGAAGCCGGUUUCGACUCCGGCCACCGCCGCCCCUGUUCCGGGGGCCUCGACCUCGACUUCGACUUCGACCACCGGCUUCCGAGUUGCUGGAAAGAAUGGGAAGCACGGUGGGCCUGCCGCAUUGAACUCUCGUGUCUCUGGCGCGAACAUGAUCCAGCUGGGACCUCGUGCUAACCCCGCAGGUGCAGUAACCGCCAACAAGGACGACGCGAACGACGGCGACGACGAGUCGGUCGUUCGACCGAACCGGAGGGCGGUGACACUGGGGAAGAGACGUCGACGCGUGCGACCCUGGGCUCAACAAAGGAGACGCAGACGACGACGGGCGGCGCCCGUUUCGACCCCGACCUCUCCUUCGCCUUUGUCCGGUGGCACGUCGGGAUCAUCGGCAACCUCGACAACCUCGAUAGCUCGACGAGUCCUCGACGCCUUCAUUCGAGCUCGGCACCCGGCAACCGACGUGUCACCCGGGCGGGAUCCGCCAUGAUCCUCGGUGCAUCAGGGGUGAUGGCUCAGGGGGCAACAGUUCAGGGGGUCACAGGUCCGAGGUGACCGAAUUCGAGGGGGGCGGCGCUGAACUGAUUUAAUCAUGAUUGAGUCACUCACCGUGUUUGACGUUCAACGUCCGAUCGAUGAAGAACGCAGUCAACCAAGUCAAAAUCAUCCGUUAUCUCAAAACCCUUCGGCCGCCCCUGCGGCCAUCCUCCUGCAAGAGCACCACCUCAGCUACAACGCGUCGCGCGAAGGCUUCGAGAGUGCUUGGCCGGGGCUUGUAUUCGUUUCACUCCUCAUGUCCUUACCCUCAUACCCGAUGGCUCACCUUUGCGGGCCAUCUCCUUUCCUCUACCCGGUCGUCUUUGCAGGAGCUCCUCGUUUCGACGGUCGGAUUCUGCGCUCGGUGUUUCGUCUUGAGGAGCUCGAUGUCGAGAUCAUCAACAUGUACGCGCCGGUGCAGGAGGACGAUCGUCGCGACUUUUUCGGGCUUCUGCACUUCAACGCCCCGAGACCCAAGAUUCUUCGGAUCUUGGCCGGCGAUCUCAACGAUUGUCCGGAUGUAUCGGUCGACCGAGUGUCCAUCACCGAUCGCGCUUGGACUCCUGUAUCGCACUGGCAGACCUUGCUGUCAAAGAUCGCGUUCAAGGCACUCGACACGGUCCGACAUGUCCAUCCUUGCACCCCUGCAUUCACUCGUCCUCACUACCGUGGUAGAGGGGAAGAGCGAAAGAUUUGCUCGUGGUCGCGGAUCGACUGUAUUCUUGUCCAAUGCAGUUGGGCGAACCGGUUGUUGAGCGCUUCUACGCUCUUCGAUGCGCCCUGUUCGGACCACAGACCUGUAGUUGCGACUUUCGCUUUGCCUACAUCGAACGCUGAUGCCGAACCCCCCUUUCUCUUCCCUCCACGAGCGAUUUCAUUUCGAGGCUCAACCCAUGGUCUUUGACGAUCAAGACUUGUCGCAUCGAUUCCCGGGUCGUCGACGAGGUCUAUCGAAGGCUCGAGGGGACCGCUCCGCUCGGCGACAUCUAUGACGCCGCUCUGCGGGCGGUUGCAGUCGCUGGCCAUGCACGAUACCGCUCGACUCGUGCGACAUGCGCCGACUGCGGGGCCGAGAGCCAAUCCGUCAUGGAGGCUUUGGAGGCACGCGGUGAGCACAUGAAUGAGGCCGAGCGCGAUGCGUAUGCUCAUGCCAAGUCGCGGUUGGACCAGUUGGCGGUAAAGGAGGCUCAGUGGCUGCGCAUUCGUGCGCAUGUGCCGUCAGUCGACUCGAGGGAAGGUCAAUCGGCAAGCAUUCGCACGCGCCUCAACCGCCGGAGUCGCCAGACGAGCAUCGUCUCGCUGGAGGAUGUGGAUGGCACCGAGACCGUUGACAUGCAGGAGCGCUGGGUAUUGCUUCACGGCACGCGCAGUCGCUCUUCACGCCGGACCCAGCUCGUGGCGACCCGACGAACGCACGCCGGUCCCUGCUCGACCUAUUCGCGCAGCGAAAUGCUACGAUGACGACCGCUCGGACCCUACGUUCGGUCGUCCGGCUGCCUCGUCAAGCGAGAGUGGCGCUUGACGAGCCCUUCACCCUCCUCGAGGUUGAAGCGGCGUUGAAGAAGACGGAUUCGGGGCGAUCACGGGGCCCUCGGGCAUUCCGUACGAGCUCUUCAAGGCGCUGCCAACCUACUUUGCUCCCAAGCUGUUGGACUUGUUCAACUCGAUUUGGGAGGCGGCAAAAUGA